CCGAGGGAUUCUGCGCACGGAAGCUCGGCUGUGGGCGAGGCCCGGACGUCCUGCGCGGUUCGUGGGAAUAUGCGCAGCGUGCACUGCCCGAAGCUGGCCGGGGGCGUGUAGGGGGCUCUCCGUGUGUCCGAAGCAGCACUCCUGUUCCUACCUUCCUGCUCUCGCUGCCAAAACACACAAAAUAAAACAAUCUGCUGCAGUCUAACCCCUUUCCCAAACUGGAAGCCUCAGUUUCUCCUGUGUGGACCUCUCCAUAGAGCUGCUUAAGUGUCCCCACUACAUGACAGCUGACUUCUUCAGAAUACUUUAGUCAUAUGAAGUUGAACAUGGCUGAAGAAGAGGACUAUAUGUCUGAUUCUUUCAUUAAUGUCCAAGAAGAUAUCAGACCAGGAUUGCCGAUGCUGAGGCAAAUUCGAGAAGCCCGUCGAAAAGAAGAAAAGCAACAAGAAGCUAAUUUGAAAAAUAGGCAGAAGAGUUUAAAAGAAGAAGAACAAGAAAGACGUGACAUUGGGUUGAAGAAUGCACUAGGCUGUGAAAACAAAGGGUUUGCUUUGCUCCAGAAGAUGGGAUAUAAAAGUGGUCAGGCCCUUGGCAAGAGUGGAGAUGGUAUUGUUGAACCAAUUCCUCUCAACGUCAAAACAGGAAAAAGUGGUAUCGGUCAUGAGACAUUAUUAAAACGGAAAGCAGAGGAAAAAUUAGAAAGCUACAGAAGGAAGGUUCACAUGAAAAACCAAGCUGAGGAACAAGCUGCAGAACAGUUCCGAAUGCGACUUAAAAAUAAGCAAGAUGAAAUGAAGCUGGAAGGAGACCUUCGGAGAAGCCAGCGAGCCUGUCAGCAGUUGGAUACUCAGAAGAAUAUUCAGGUUCCUAGGGAGGCCUGGUACUGGCUGAGGCUUGAAGAAGAGACUGAAGAAGAGGAAGAGGAAGAAAAAGAACAAGAUGAAGAUGAAUAUGAGAGUGAAGAUCUAAGUGUACUGGACAAAUUACAAAUAUUGACUAGUUAUUUAAGAGAAGAACAUCUAUAUUGUAUUUGGUGUGGAACAGCCUAUGAAGAUAAAGAAGAUCUGUCUUCAAAUUGCCCAGGACCAACUUCUGCAGAUCAUGACUAACAUUAUUCUCAAUAAAAUAGAAACUUGGAAAAUGCUGUUGUUUCCUAGACAAAUUAAGCACUUAGAAUUUCCAAUUUUUAAAAAAAAAAUUUUUAAUGUAUUUUAU